UUGACAAUAGAAUGAAAAUAUGAAUGAUUGUUGAGUGAGAAUCACCGACGGUGAGAAUUUGCUGCACGAAUUUUUGAAAGAAGGACUCUAAAUACAAAUGAAAAAUAGCCCAAUAUCAUUAUAAAUAAUCCUAGUUUUUAUUUCUCAACUUGUUCUAUGGAGGAAGAACGACUGCAACGUAUUAAAGCUGGUGCAUUUCUGGCAUCAGUCACGGGUAUAUCGGCGUUAAUCGGAUUCAGCGCAACUUUAUCCACUGCAAAAAAAUCUGAUCCUAAGUACUUCAGUAAAGGCUUACAUGGUGGUGCUGAGCUUGGGGACGCAGGUGCCAUACUUGCAUUAAGAGCCUUAGGAUGGGGUACACUGUAUGCUGUUGCAGGUACUGGUUUCCUUUGCUAUGGCAUUUGGAAACUUUCUGGUGCAAGAGAUUUAAAGGAUUUUAGAGUGAAAAUGGGUAAUUUGUUGCCUACAUUACCAAAGAACAAUCCACCUCAAUCAAGAACAGAGUUUAGUGGUUUGAAUGACUUUUUAACAUAUGUAUCUGAAGAAUAUGGGAAGAAAUCAGUGAAAGAAAAGUAGAUGUAAAAAUCAUUUUUAAUUC